AUGAGUGAGGAUAUACCGCCAAAAGAAACUACUCAGGAAGAAAACAAUAAUCAUGAAGAGAAUCAGAAUGUUGCAGAAGAAGUAGCAACCAGCCAGCAACCAGCUCCAGCUCCAGCUCCAGCAGAAGAAGAAGAACUAGAAACAGAGAAAGUUGAACCAAUUGAAGAAGAUAAAGAGGAAUUACCACAUCAAGAAACAAACGUACCAGAGGUGGGUAAUGACCUGGUUCAAGAGGAUCCACAUACUUCGUUUCUACAACCUCCUUCCGAUAAACAACAAUUUGCUACACCAUCUAAAGAUUUGCCAGCAUUAAAAGAUAUCGAAACCAUAACAACUCCAAAAACAUUUGAUGUAGCUAAAGAUGACGAUAUUGAUGAUGAUGCAACAAAGGGGUUAGCUGAUAUUGUUGCAAGUUCUCCAAUAAAACAUAAUGUUUUGGCUGAACUUCAACAACACGAAGAAUCUCUCAAUGAAGAUACAUUAAGAAUCAUAUCAGGAUACUUGUCAUUGGAUGAAUCUAGUAUCAAGUCUAUUGGUGAUGCAAAUGUUCUUCACGCAUUAGUGUCGAAAUCUGCUGAAUUCCAAAAUAUAUCUUCCGAAAAUGAAUUUCUCAAGUUGAAAAUGGAACAAAAUGCUCAAAGCAUUAGUAAACAAUUACAAGAAUUACAACAAAAGUAUUCAAAUGCUGAUAAUUUAUCAACGUCUUUACAAGAAUCGAAGGAUAAAUUAGAAUAUGAGAAUAAACGUCAAACUGAAAAGAUUCAAGAAUUGGAAGCUGCUAAUGAUCGUAUUCAAAGAGAACUUGCCGAUCUUAAACAAUCAGAAAUUGUUAAAGAUGAAGAACUCAACAAGUUUAGAGAAGGCCAAACUCAUCAAUUAUUGGAAUUUGAACAACAAAUCAAUCAACUUUCUUCAACUAAUGUUACUCAAAGCAAAAAAUUGAAUGAAUUGACAAAAGAAAUCAAUGAAACUAGAAAUGAUAAAUUUUCAUUGCAAUUGGAAUUGACAAAAUCACAAAAUGAAGCUUCAUAUCUUAGAGAUCAAAAGGAUUGGUAUGAUAAUGAAUUGAAAUCUGCUCAAGCCAGAUUCACCGAGUUGAUUAAAAAACAUGAAUCUGAAUUCUUGGGAACCAGCACCAAAGUUUCUAAUUUAACUGCAAAGAAUGAAACACUUGAGACAUUAAAUAAACAACAUGAAGCAACAAUUGCUUCUCUCAAGUCCAAAUUGGAGCAACAGAUUACCAAGGCUUCUAAAACUGAAACUGAGUUUGAAUUGGAGAAAUCACGUUUCCUUAAAGAGAUUGAUUCUAAACAGGAAUUGAUCGAGUUAACUAAACUUCAAGCUCAACAAAGGGCCACCAGAAUUGAACAAUUGGAAUCAUAUAGUGAAGAAAUCAAGCAAUCCAUGUCUGAAACUAUCACUUCUCUUGAAACAGCAUUGUCAGAGAAAAAUGAAAAAUUAUUAGAAACACAAGAAAGAUUAAAGAGAACUGAAGAGGCAUUAGACGCUGAAUUACAUAAGGAAACCGAUUUACCAAAAUUAAGUGACUCCUCGGCUAUGAUAGCUGCUAAUGGUAGUGGUAUUUCUUUAUCAACGUUAUAUUCAGAGUAUAACCAUUUGAAGAAACAAUUGGUGGUAGAAAGAUCUCAAAAACAAAAAAUGGAAAUGCAACUUGAGUCAUUUAUUAAUGAAUUGGAUGCUAGAAAGCCAGUUAUUGCCAAUUACCGUGAACAAAUUCAAUUUUAUGAAAAUUCCAUGAAAGAGAUGCUUGGUAAAGUUGAAACCAUAAGAUCAGAAAAAGGUGAAGUUGAAAAAGAUGCCAAGAGAUUAAGGUCAAGAGUAGCAGAGAAUGAAAAUGAAUUGGUCAGUAUGAAAAGAUUACUUAAAGAUUUGGGUCGUCAAUUAUGUUUCUAUUUGAUUCAUUCCAAGAUUCGUGACAAUAGUGAAAACCCAUUAACUGCAGCCGAAAAGAAAUCAAUUGAAAAAAUAUUGAGUCAAACUGGUAAUUUUGAUGAAGACAAUGAAACUGAUUCAGAUAAAUUGAUCUCGGAAAGAUUGCUUGAAUUCAAAAAUAUUAUUGAAUUACAACAAAGAAACGAAGAAUUAUUAGUUGCCAUAAGACAAUUGUCGAAAAAAUUAGAAGCUCGUGAAGAGGAAAACAACAAUUUGGAAAGUGUGGCAAUUGAAGAAGCUAAAGAUGCCAUUUUAACUUUAAAGAGUGAAUUGGAUAGUUUGAAUAUUAAAUUGGAUGCCGUGACAAAAGAACGAGAUGCCCUUCGUUCGAUAAAUGUGAAAAAUCCAACAUCUUCAAAGGAUUCAGAUUAUCUCUCACAAGCAAAUGCAGAUUUGAGAAAGAGACUUGGUGAUUCUGAACGAAUCAUUAGUGAAAUAAGAGAGCAAUCGGCAAAAUCGGUGUAUGAAUUAAAUGAAAAAAUAAGACAAAUCACUGAUAAAAAGAAUGAGUUGGCUUUACAAGUUUCUGUUUCUAGUAAAUCUACUGAAUUAGCAGAAACACGAUUAUCAAUCUCACAGAAAUCACUCAGUGAUUGUCGUGAAGAAUUGGCCCUGGUUAGAAAAGAAAUUGAAUUUUGGAGAGAACAAACCAGUAAAUUUGAAUCACAAUUGGUAUCUAAAACACAACAAUUGCAUGAAUUUGAAGAAACUCUUUCUCAAAACAAGGUAACAAUUGUUUCCUUACAACGUGAAAAAGAGUUCCAAACUUCAAUAAAUACAACUUUGGAAAGUAAAAUUGAAGCAUUGAAAAAUGAUAAAAUUAAACUUAAUGAAUUUGUAUUGAACUUACAAUCAAUGUUGAAAGAUAGAGAAGAAUCAGCAAGAGAUAUUUCUGGUAAACUUUCUGCUUCCAUUGAAAAUUAUCAAAAAUUGCAACAGAAACUUUCAGAAAAGGAAGAACGUAUAUUUAUUUUAUCGAAUCAAUCAGAAUUAUCACUCAAGGCUCAAAAUACUAAGUUGGAACAAGUUAAUGAAAUAAGUAGACAAUUACUUGAAACAAAGAACAAACUUAUAGAAAAGGAAAAUGCUGUUGAAGAGUUAAAGAGAAAAUUAGCAACAACAAGAAGAGAAUCUAUUUUACAACCUACCAUAGCUGCUGGUUCUGGUGGUGGUACUACUUCAACUGGUGCCACUUCUACCACAGAUUCAAACAAUUUUGAAAUCCAACAAUUGAAAGAAGAUUUGAGAAUUGCUGAAUCUCAAGUUGAAGAAUUAUCAAAUCUUGCCAAAGCUAGUGAGGCUACAUUAAUUGAUUCAACAAAUUCAUUUGAACAAUAUAAAACUGAUUCUGAAAGUAAAUAUCAAGCUUUACUUAAAGAGAAGGAACUUGUGGAUGAUGAAGUGAAGAGGUUGACUGAUUUAUACAAUAUAACUUCCCAAGAUUUGCAAAGUGCCAAAACCUUACAUAUUGAAGAAGUCAAUGAAUUGAAACUGAAAUUGAAUGAAUUUAAAUAUAAAGCAGAUCAAUAUGAUACUAUGGAGAAUGAUUAUCAAGAGAAAAUUGAAUCAAUUCGUCGUGAUCUUGAUGAUCAAACUAAACUUUAUAAUGAUUGUCACACCAAGUAUCAAGCUGAAUUAAACAAGACAGGUACUUUAACAGAACAUAUUAGUGCUUUGAAAACACAACUCGAAGAAAAAGGUGAACAAAUUAAUUCUUUACAAGAAGAAGUUAAAACUGUUCAAAAUUCAAUCAAAGAACAACAAGAUCAAUUAGUGACUGAAAAAUCACAAAUUGAAACUGAUCUAUCUCUUUCCAACAAUAGAAUUGCUGAAUUGAAAGAACAAAAUGAUAUAUUGUUGAAUCAAUUAGAAUUAACCAAGAAUUCACUUACUAAUGGUGGUGAUGUUUCGUCCCCUGGUGAAUCGGGUGACGAUCUUCGACAAGUUGUUAAUUAUCUUCGUCGUGAAAAAGAAAGUAGUGAUGCUAAGUUAUUAGUUGCUACUGAAGAGAAUCAAGAAUUGACAAUCAAAUUGAGACAAGUACAAAAUGAAUUAGCAACAACCAAAUCAGUAUUUAGCAGUGCUGCCCAUAUAGAUUUGGAUGCAGUUUCAAAGGAACAAAAGAAUUUAUCGGCUCAAUUAGAACAAUUGAAUCUUCUUAGAGAGAGUAAUUCAAGUUUACGUCAAGAGAAUGUGAAAUUCUCAGGGGAAAUUAAAAAGUUGAAUGAACAGAUAAUUACCCUUGGUAAUGAAUUGAAUCCGUUAAAGGAACAAAUCAAUGAAUUAACCACUAAUCUUGAAUUUGAACAACAAAAGGCUAAAUUGCUUCAUGAAGAAAAUGAAAGAAUUAAACUGGCUGCUCUUAGCACUGAUGAACAAAAAUCCGAUGCUAAUAAACAUACUAAUGAAACUAUUGCCAGAAUGCAAGAACAAAUGGAUAAAUUGAAAACUAAAGCAAAUGAAAGAAUUAGAUCUAUGAAUGAAACGAUUGCUUCCAAAGAUGAAACUAUUAAACAAUUGAAUGAAAAAGUGGAUCAAUUAAGUAAUUCUGCAAACACAAAUGAAGAUAAAUCAAAGGAACAAAUUGACCAAUUAAAUACCAAGUUAUCCAAUCUUCAAAGUGAAGUCGAGAAUUCUAAAACCGAGAAAAAUGAAUUGUUGAAAAAAUUGAGUGAACUUGAAUCUAAUUUACGUGCCGAAUUUGACAAGGAGAAACAAGAAAUUAUCAAGUCGUUGGAAUUGGCAAAACAAGCAAAUGCAUCUGAUGAAAAUUUACAAAAGAGAUAUAAGGAGCUUGAAGAAGCUUUAACAAACAGCAAGAAAGAAUUUGAAACAAAAUUAGAAGCUGAAAGGAAAAAGACCAGAGAAGAAGUUGAAAAGAAAUAUGAUAUUAAAUUGAAAAUGAUGAAUAGAAAAAUUGAAAAAUAUGAAAAGGCCAACAAUUCUUCUACCCCAACAACUCCAUUAGCAACAACUCCACAACCUAGUAUCCCGGCAAAACCCGUUUUUCCAGUUGCUAAUGCUACUCCUUCCCCACAAGUUGCUCCUACAACUUCUACAACCCCAGCUGUUAUUGCUAACAAACCAGCAGAACAACUACAACAACAACAACAACAACAUCAGCCAACCAAUAAUGCUGCAGCUACUCCCGUUAUCGGCUCCAAUAGUUCGGCAAGUGCUACCCCUCCUCCUGUUGUGUUAUCUAAUAGUGGGGUUGGUUCUUCUGCUGCUGUUCCGGAUCCUGACACUAAAACACAAUCAAAAGCACCAGUUGCAACAGCUGCUGCAUCUGCACCUGCACCUGCACCUACGGUAUCGAGACCAGUGGGGCAUCCAGGGAAUGAAUCUACUUUAAGAAUUCAUAGACCUGGUGGACAUCCAGGAUUUGAGUCCACGUUGACAGUUCAUAAACCAACUGUCACUAAUAGAAAUGAAAAUCGUAAAUUCAGUCCUGUUCCCAACCCCACUGCACAAGAUAAUUCCAAGAAAAGAACAAAUGAAGGUCAACAUCAAAGACCCCAAAUUAAAAAACCUAAAGAUAGUUAG